GACGUCCCAUUUGCAAAGAAUUACGACAAAGAACCCAUAGUAUUAAUAGCAGCCGGUCACAACUCAGAGGGCAACAAUUUGAAGCCAAUAUACAUGUCCGUAACCCCAUGGAUUGAGGUAUUCUCAAGUUAUUUAACUAACAUACAACGCUCUUCAAAAUAAGUAAGAUCAAGCUGACAACCCUGUAGGAAAUGUGCAAAUGAGCUAAAUUUCACCAUGGUCUGUUCAUGCAGCCUGUUUAUCAGUCAUAGUCGCGCAGCGAAAAGUACUAUCUAUUUGUCCAUCUGUUAUUCGAGGUCAGUUUCCCAAUUUUUUUUUUGUUUAGAUAGGAAUUUAAAAUGACUUAGUUACAGGCGUUUAAGCGAACGUCUCUAAAAGUUGAGCUAUUACUGUUUGUUCUUGUAAGCGAAAUAUAUGAUGCUAGAUGAUAUGCUUAUUUUACAGCACAUCAAGACCAGCGAAUUUCGCAUUUGUCUUAAGGAGUUGUUCGCUGACCAGCAUGAUCCUGUGACUGUGUCCUAUACAGUACUGGCAGGUGUGUUAGUAAAUGAUAACAACAAAUUUUCUUUGCGAAGACCUUCUCAUGCCCAGCAAGCUUUGGUAGAUGUCAAGUAAACUUAGAGGCUCCUUGUUUCAUAUCUCCUUUAAGUAAUCACCAGUAAAUGUAUUUCUUAGUUCCUACGUUCUACAAGUAAAGGUUUCUAUUUCCAAAAACUUCUCGGUCAGCUAAGGCCUAAGCCAAACGUAGAAGUUUGCAUGGAACGAACCAAACUCUAAUUUGAGUCGACCUAACUUAAGUUAAUUAAGAUCGGCUGCUUGGAUAACACGUCGAUCUUUAUAGGGCGCGUGGAACCAAUCAACUGAAUCAGAUCAGUAAUAAAAUUAUUUUCUCCCGAACGAUUUUAUAUAGAUUAACGAACAAUUUUUUUAAAAUUAUUAGUUUAGUUCCUCACAUGUGAAGAUCGACGUUUGUUCUGGAGACGAUCUUCGGACGCUCUGUCCGUCGUAACGUGUUGGACGAUCCAAACUCAUUCAGCGAACUUAACUGAGCCAAACGUCGCUAAGAAGGUUUCAUGAACUUAAAUCACUAAGUUUGGUUUGUCUCAUGAAAAGUUCGACGUUUGGCCUAGUCCUUGUUACGCACAAUUUACUUCACACAAAAUGUUUUGUAUACUGCAGAUGUUUGUAAGCCGGGCUGGUCAUAUUUUAAUGGUAUUUGCUACUCGACAAGCCAUUCGUGCAAAAAUUGGACCGAAGCUGAGAAAACCUGCCAAGCAUACAGCGGCAACCUCAUCACUGUGCGGAAUAAAGAAGAAAACGUCUAUAUUCAGCAUCGGCUGAAUGGUGCCAAGGGCUGGAUUGGGCUAAACGAUAGGGUAAUUGAGGGUACUUUCGACUGGGUAGAUAAUCAAACCAGUAACUUUUCAUAUUGGGCGAAGAACCAACCAAACAACUUUAACAAUGAAGAUUGCGUCCACACUUUGGGAGUCAGUCAUAGUUUUAUGUGGAAUGAUGUAAGCUGUGGUACUUGCCAUAACUAUACCUGCUCAGAAGGUUUGUGGGUGACUUACCUCUUUUAUAUACCAACUUUUGUACGCUAUAUACAGUUAAAAUAGUGUGACGGGACGCGUGAGCGUAACCCGUUUACUAUAGUGAGAACUUAGUGUAAAAAUUUAAAAAUAUACAUAUACUAUAAUAAAAAAAAGCACUGUAAAUAAUGCUCCAAAAGAAAAUAAAACUAUUCAAGAUAUCUAGGAUCUAAAAUGAUAAUUAUAAAGUCUUUAAAGUUCUCUUAAGUAAAUUACUUAUUCGGCUGUAAAAAAAUUCAUUGACGACUACUUCAUACCCACAAAAGUCCAAAAGAUGUUGAAGGAAGAGAGUUAAUAAUUUCGAAAGCGAUAAUCAUUGUUCAUGUUGCAACUUUAAACGUUCUAAAGUUGUUUAGUGUUCCCGAGAGUACAGAAUUCUGCAUGUUAUAUAAAAAAACUGCCUUACUCUUACUUUCGACCAACUGCUUAAGCUUGACUUCUAAGUCUGGGCACCACCCCCCAAGUACGUCCAUUAUGAUAUUAUAUUGUUUCACUUCAUAUCCUUGGUACUUCUGCUUUAACUCCGGUCCCAGCGGAGCGGUUCAUAUUGCGUGGUUUUCUCCUCCUCCUUUUUCUCCCGGCUUGUAACCCAUGAGCAGCUCAUCUCAAGCGUUAUAACUUGCUUUAAAUCGUGUUUGAUAAUGCGAGCAUGAACUCUGUUGGCUUCAACUUCUUGGUGCUCCGCAAAUAGGGGGACAUCCCAGAACACUUGCGCAUCGUUCGCCUCGUACACUGGCUUCGGUUUCAGUGGCGGGUACUAAGGUGGCAUCGAGUCUUUGACAAGACCUAGGUCUUGCAGAGUCUCGAAGAAAAGUAUCUUCAGGGCUGCAUUAUUAUGUCGAGUAAUGUACUUGUUCUGUGCAAGGGCAGUACAACAAGCCAGGACAUGAGCGACACUUUCAGCGGCGUUAUUACAUAGCCUGCAGGUUACCUCACCCAUCACAUCCGUGUGCUUUUUCUGGCAGUCAUACAACCUCGUAGGUAUUAUUAUUAUUAUUAUUAUUAUUAUUAUUAUUAUUAUUAUAAUAAACGUUUUCAAUGUUAUCAGGAGCCGAUAUUAUUAAUUGCUUCCUACACUCUCCUAGAACCGGGGCCAAUCCAUGGUCCUGAGGUACCAGGGGAGUUUUAUAUUUGAUGGACACUGAGAAACCUUCUCAGUAUGUGCGCCGUUCCUAGCAGGAUGAUCUUUUGCAGCUCAUUAAUGCUACUGGCUCCAGGAAUCUUACCUAUAUUCUGGCCCAUUCCCUCUCUAAUAAGUCCCAGUGCACCAACAAUAACCGGCACAGUCUCUGUCCUCAUUCCCCACAUUUUCGUGGUUUCAAUCUCAAGAUGUUUGUAUUUUGAAAGCUUUUCAAUGACUUUCGUGGCGGUGUUUCGGCCGGAUGGUAGCGAUACGUCUAUAAGUUUGCAACAUUAUUAUUGUUAUUGUUAUUAAUAUUACUAUUGUUAUUAUUCAUUAGUUCCUAUUCAAAAGCAAUUUCCGAUUUGCCCCAAGCCUGUUUCAAAAAGAGAUUAUAAAACUACUUCCUCAUGGAAGGGUUUGCUCUUGACCUCAUUUUGAAAGUGUGGGUUUUUAGAAAUCGAAAAUGGUCUAUUUUAACUUUUCCAGGCGUUAAGAGUUAUUUUUAUUUAUUUUAUUUGUAUUUUCAGAGAAGAUCCUAAUUUACUUUCACCAAUUUACACCUCAAUAACCAAUAGGCCAUUUGCACGAUGCUGUCAUUUACUGUAUACUUCCAGAAUCCCUCAGGGUAUUGCUUUCUUAUGCAAAUUACGGCUUUUGUUGUGUAAACCUCACUGGCAUUAGCAAAUUUAAAUAUGAAAGAAAAAACGAAAUGAAUUCUGGUCCUAGUAGUAAAAAAUCGUCAUCGUGCAAGUGGCCCAUUUCUUUGGCUUCUUAGGUUACAAAAAGUUUGAGUUUACUGUAAGGGGAUGUUUACAUGAGAAAACUCGCACCGGCGCGAGUUUCAUACCAGGAUGACUUUUUGAUUUCUUAUCGCGUUUACAUGACGACUGGGCUUUUUCGUAUCUCGUUAGUCGAAGGUACACGUCAUGUUAAUAAAAUACACGUGUGAUUCAAAAUCGCAAACAUAACGCAUGCGCUACCCGUUUCAGUAUACCGGCAGAGCGAUUUCACACCGAAACGGGUGGUCGUUUCGCGCUUACAUGAUACCGUUGCGAGAUUUCGUACCGGAGUGAAAUUCUCGCCCCGGUACAAGAACCGGGGUGAACUCUCGCCGGGGUGACUCGCGCCGGCAUGACAUUUUGUGGUGGUAUCAUGUAAACAAAUAUAGAGCCAUGAGAGGGAACCUGAGUGAACUCGCUCCGGGGCGAAAGUCGCCCCGGCUUCAUGUAAACACCCCCCAAAUCUGUUUGUUGCAGAAAUAGUAUAAAUUAAAGGAUUAGUCUACAAAGAAAAAAGAAAAGAAAAUUAGACGUCACAAAAAGGAUCCAUAAGUGGGUGCUUUUAGCACUGCUUCACCCCUUCAUACACAACAGUUUUCGUACUGAUUGAAUCAUAUGAGCAACGAUUUUAAUUUUUAUUCUUUAGUUAAAAAAGUUGAUUGAUAAUCAGUCGUUUCAUUAUUUGUUUUGCAGGUUGAUUGACUGAACGAUUGUUUUAUAUUCGUUUUUAAAUUUAGAUUAUGGUGAAUGUGGAGGAAACAAUAACCAUUGUCAUCAGAACGCCAUCUGCACAAACAUCAUUGGCUCCUAUAGCUGCCGGUGCUCCGUAGGAUAUGCCGGUGAUGGCUUGCUUUGCAGAGGUAUUAUGUUCAAAGCCCCAAGUUUUAGUUUUUCGUUUAAUUCAUGAAGCAUAAUUAUCAAAGGAAACUCGUCCAAUGGUAAACAGACAUCUCUUCUGAGUUUAAGGCUAGCUACAACCCUGGUCAAAACGUCUUGGGACACUGGAGGAAAUUUGGCACAAAGACGCACUUUGCUAAAUUACCUCAUAUUCUACCUCUUAAAAAAGCUUGGGGAUGUUGUUGUAAGAGGCUAUUUCUGCUGUCCCCCUCUCCCCCAAGCAGUGUUGAUUGUGUUGAAUUAAAACUUGAAUACAUAACGUCAACACUGCACCCAGGGGGAAGGGUGGAGGGAAGAUACCUCAAUUUGACGAGCUAUUGCGUUAGUGUCCCAAGAGUUUUGACCGGGAUUGUAGAAUAAAGUAGAAUAAGCAUGCUUUCACCGUAAAAUUGCGCGAAAAUGUAUUUUUCAAAGAACUCGUUAGAGGGGUUUUAAAUACUGAGCAGCGUAUAAUAGCUAGUAGUGAAAUAAGCGUUUAAAUAUUGGCUGGAAUAAAUUAGGAGGGAAGUCUUCUCAGCAACUUUUUUUUCCAAUUUCAGAGAUGAUAAAAUUUGCACAUUAUUUCCUAAUCUCUAUGAAUAACAGCAAUAAAGUUGAUUAACUAUCCUUAUUUUAUAGUUCAUAGGUAUACAGACCAUACUAUAACUUUAAAUACAGCCCAAAAAGAGAACUAAUUAAAAGUUCAUAGAAUGAGAACAUGUAUGUACGGUUGUUGUAUGUCCCUGCAAUUUCAAUAUCUAAGCUCUUGUAGACUGAGUAGCUUAACGCUCUGGUUUCAACUUUCUCGACAAACCCGAGUGGGGUCGCUUGUUCCUCAGGCUAAAGCUUUCGGGGAUUCAUUACGAGAGGCUCUUUUUGUGUGCUGAUGGGGCCAACACGCCGGAAGCUUCGGCAAAAUCCUACGGUAAUUUGAAUUCCUUGAAACAUUCCUAAAGAGUAACUUUUUUGCUUCAGAUAUCGACGAAUGUUCUUCAGGUCACCAAUGUGACAGCAGUGCGACAUGUUACAAUACAGAUGGAUCCUACACAUGCACAUGUAACAGCGGCUUCACGGGGGAUGGACGAACCUGUCGAGGUACGAGCCUUUGAAUAAAUAUGGAAUACUGCAAACGACAGCUCUGUAAAGCUUUUCGAUAAAUUAGGUUGGCUGCUAAUAGGUGAUAUCAUACGUAUAAGGAAACUUCUCAUUCUACACAAAGUGAGUCAAGAUCAUUGUCCUGAUUAUUUCUGUCACGUCCUUUUUCAAACAUGUACGUUCUUCACAUGGUCAUUAAAGAAAGUCAGGACUUAGCGUAGGAAGUUCGCAAGUGCUUGUCGUUUAUAGAAUAAGUUAGGUCACUCACACAUAGAGACAGUUUUCGACGCAAUGUUCAGAAAAACACUACAGGAAAAGUUUACCGAUUAAGACAGCGCCUCAUUAGCACAUUUUAAGGUUUGCAGAUCCUUUUAGACAUUUAUGGAAGUUGUAGAAUUUUUCAUUUUUAUUUUAAAUUUUUUUAUAACUAACUGACCUGUUGUGUGGAGGUCCAUUAUAAAAACUUAACCCGGUGAACGGUAAUGUUUGCACCCUCGUUAUUCUUCUUGUUCUUCUCGUUCUUGUUCUUCCUCUUCUUCUACUGAUGUCGUUUGAGAAGAAACAAAAAGCAAACUGCGGUGAUAAACAUAAGAAAAUAUAAACAGAAGAAAAAAAACUUUAACUUGACGUUUCGUAUGUUCCAAACAUACACUUUCAGCAGCGGCCCGUCCCCCUCCUUAUUUUCAGGCUGAACUGAAGCCCUUAGGGUUAAGUAAAAUCAUUUUCUCAGCCGAGCCCUCUACUUACUUGCAGAUCUGAAUUUGGUACUGUUUACAUGCAUAGAAUUACAAUGCAUCUCUUCUCAGAGGUCUACUACUGUUCUUGUUAGGUCUUGAAAAGUUUACUCCUAUGACUAUGACAUUCGUUGACAAAAAAGAAGAUCCAGCUUGAAAUAAACAAAAGUCUUCUUAUCUUCCAGAUGUUGAUGAAUGCUCGCUCAACACCCAUGACUGUCACUCCCAUGCAAUCUGCACUAACACAGAAGGGUCAUUUACUUGCAAGUGCGACGUGAAUGCGCAUUACAUUGGUGACGGGAAAACAUGCACUCCUCAUCGUAAGCCGAAUUAUAUGUUUUACUUCGUUUUGUUCUCUUCGUUUUACCACUCUGCCAGUUGUUAACCUCUGUUUUGUGGGAAAAGUUAUCCACCAAUAUUUAUGUCGCCAAAGAGCAACCUCUCACCUGCCUGUCGAUUAUCUUGAUUAUGCUCUUGUCUAAGAAUAUACUCUUCAAAUUUCAAAUUUCAAAUACACCGCAAGAGUGAUUUUCUUGUUUAUUUUUUUGGUUGCUUCUGACUUUCUUGGGUACUUUAAUUUUGAAUGUAUUUUUUGGUUUGGUUUGUUUUGUUUUGUUUUGUUUGUUUUUUUUUUUUCCGGUAUAGCACGCCUGGAGUCGUUGUCACUUUUCGAAAUACAGAAUCUUUUAAAAGGAUGAAUUUCUGAUUUACUUUUUUUUUACCAGGUGGUCUCGAUGACUCCGUUAUUUUAGCGAAUGAUGCCAGCAAGAUAUCGCAGUUAAAUACCUGGCUUCUUCCGCACUUGCAAAGUCCAGACAGAAGUUAUUGGAAACUGUGUUAUAGGGCCUCUAAUCAUGGCUGGAGUUCACAGACCUUUCACAGCUAUUGCGAUAACAAAGGACCCACUGUAACAAUUGUUAGGGUCGGGAUCUAUAUUUUUGGAGGCUACAACGACAAUUCAUGGCAGUGUAAGUCUUUGAAAUAGCUAAGAUACGAAGAAGGUAUCGACCAGUUGAACUGAAUUAAACCCGGGGGUUAUUAACCCCAAAUGUAAAAGGAAGGAGAGACUGGGCCUUUACAAUUUUCGCAAAUAGUUCAAAACAAGUCUAGUCUUGACUAGAUUGUCAUUAAUCACUAGCAAUACUGCCUAUUGGAGAGGAUUGUGUAGUAAGAGUUUAAUCAAAUACUCGCAACCUGACAAUCUAAUCCAAAGUCACAACAUUGCUGAAGCAUGAACUGCAUUCUAAAAAUUUGCCAUCGUUAUUAUUGAGAAAAAUAAAUGACAACCAGUAGUUAUGAUUGGCACAAUCUGGCACAUUCUCCAUGCAUUAUCGGUGAUGACAACUGUUUUAGCCACUGGCUCCUCCUUGUACAACGGCUUGGCCGUGCGUUUUCUUGUACGAUCGGGGAUUAGACGUAUCCAGAUCUAGAAAAAUAAAUGUUUGUUCGGCUUAAAACGCUCGAACAUGCCACCAAAAAACUGCGCUGAGUCCUCGGGCUGCUUUAUUUAUAAUUUAUUUAUUAUUAUUUUUUUUUAACAAGCGCGUUUGAGGUGGUGUAUGGGGUUUAGUGGAGAAGGUCGGGCUUAAUACUGCUGUACUGCAGCUGGUUCUACCAGGUCUUUUUCUUGAAAUCUGAGAGGGGUAGACCGCCAUUUCUGUUAAAUUUCUAAUGGAAAAGCUCUGGGGACGAAAUUGGUUGUAACUUGUGAUGCUUCAAUUCAUGAGGAUUUGAGCGUGAUUUAUGUGGUAUUUCACGCAUCGUAUACUACGUCCCUGCUCUCAGUAUUUACUAACCCACCACCGUUUCCUAAAAAUACACCAUUUUACAGCUGUGGGCUUAGUAUCCUAGACUUCGAAUGAGUGCAAGAUUGAGGUUGACCAUGAUAAAUAGAUAGAUAGAUAGAUAGAUAGUUCCGAGCGUAGCGACUUUAUAAUCUUGUCGCGCGCGAAGAGCGCGCGCAGUCUCCUAACUGCGCGUGGUCUUAGCCAGCUGCGAAAUUCGAGGCUUCAUAAAUAAAUAAAUAAAUCUUUCUUUCUCUGAAUGUAUGCUUGGUAUCCGCCAAUGACGUCAUGGAGGAUUUUGCGUUUCCAGGCAACAUAGACUUCGCCGCUGAUGACCAAGGGGCAUUUUGAUGUGCUUAUUCAUCUUCUGUGAUCAAAGUUUACCAUCGGUGAAUCACGAACAAUUUCCCAUGCAAAUGACACACAAGCACAACAAGUGACUCCAAAUCCUCGCCCAGGAAGAUUUUCCACCGAAACUCUUCUGGAGCGAGAACGCCGACUUCCAAUUCAGCGUGAACAACGAAGGAGAAGACGUCAAGAAGAAACCGUGGAGCAGAAGGAACAUCGCCUAGCACAUCGAAGGCAGCGCCGACAACAAGAGACAGAGGAACAGGAGAUUGGAAUCAGAGGCAUUAUGAUCAUUCACUGUCGAAAACCCAUCCCCGCCGAUAUAUGUAGACAGGAGCCCAUCAAUGUAGAUCAAAGUCUGCAAAGUUUCAGCUCUGUAUUACGGCCCGAACUAUAAUAAUUUUCCGGCGAACUGCGCCGGGCCAGAUUUGUUCUUUGUUUUUGUCUUUUUCUAAAUCCGGGCGCCGAAAUAAUGCUAAAUCUGCUUUUCAAUACACUGUUAACAAUAACACCACAUAAUACGCGAAAAAGAAGAAGAAGAAAAGAAAGAACAACGUAUGGACCUUUAAGACGAUAUUCGCGGUUGGUCACCCAUACAGUUCUUAUCCCCGACCGGCAGGGCUUAACUUGAGUGCCGUUACCAAACCGAGUUUCGCGAGGCUUAUUGCGAGAUACGUAUUUCUAGUUUAAUUGCUGGGCUGCCCGGCAAGCCCAGUCAUAAAAUGGGUUUUCGGUCGUCGGUGUCAAAAAACGGUCAUCCGGGGGAGGGAAAACACGAGGGUCUGGUACGUAGAAACGAUGUUCUCACAAAUGGUUUCAUAGGAUUUUCUCUUGCAUGAACCCUUGCACAGAUACUUUUUGUACCUCGUCUGCGCUCCCCCUGAAAAACCCACAAAGCGUUGCGAACCUAAAGAAGGCUAUUUGCGUUGUUCGAAGCGAUUCGAUCAUGGGAGUCACUCUAUAAUUUUAUUAUUGUUCGCGUUUAAGUCAGUUAGAUGAUAUUGGCGCUGGGAAACUCAGAGAAAUGCUCGCGUUGCAUUCAAACCGACACGCCGUUCACGGUAGGUUCACACUAAAAGAUGACUGUGAGCGUCAUGUUUGGAACGCCGUGGCCGCUUCGUGAACUCAAAGAGAGAAUUAUCGAUCGAUGUAGUACAUGAGCAAUUAAGAAGCACAAUUUGUGAGCAAGGUAUUUCACCAGUUGACGACACUAUGGCUGAAGACUUGAUUGUAAGCCUUCGUAGUCAGUGAAGCGAACAACUCAGUUGCCGAUGAAUGGCACUACGCACGUCUAUGAGCGAGGGACGUGACAACUUUGCCAUGUUAGAAGACUGGCUUUUCCUUUAAAUAUUUCCUUCUAUUUAAUGCAACACACGUCACUUUGGAGGUCUAAAUUUCGGAUACUGAGGAUAAAGAAGACACGGACAAAAAUAGGGACUCUGAGAAUUUCGCACACAAGUUUUUAAAAAGCUUCACCGGGACAUCCCAUCCGGGAGCUUCACAGAGAGCGACUUGAGGAAAAUAGGAGCUAUUACUGACAAGGUUUGGUGCAUGAGUAGAGCAUACAAGUGUAGCCCACGUCGAGGUUUCAGGGUGUUUGCUUUUGUUUGUAUUUGUAUCUUGCUAAGCUUUUAUCAUUAAAUUUGUGCAUGAUCUUGUGAUCACAAUUCUGUGUUUUCGCCCAUUCAGCAAGCACGCUAUAUUGAUGUCAGCAUUAGCGAGUUUCAGAAACAUGCCUUUGACUGUUUUCAGCUCUCGUGAUGUUUCUUGAUAUUUCUUCUACCAUUUUAUGGAGAUGUAAACUGAAGUCACCGCAAAAUGGAAACUUAAAAAAGCGUAUAAUCCAUUUAUCUCGAAACAUAACACACAUGACUUAUACGACCUUUAUUUUCGUAAAGGUGUUUUGAAUACGAACGAACACAGUCAUUGUGAGGGGUAAAAACAGCAUUAAUAUAAAUGAACCAUAGGGUUUUAACUAAAAUAAGGGUCAAUUAUUGUGCCGCCUCCCUUCAGAAAAAAUAGCCCCUUUGCAGCCCAGCUAAAAAUCGCCUUUCGGCGAUUCUUGUUACCAAUACUUUACAGCCCAAAGGUUGAAUUGCGUAUUUACAAAUGAUGCAAUUGAUAAAAUUUGUAUAUAAAACUAAUUACAGUAAAAAAAGUGUAAAAAAUAUGAUAAAAAGUUUAAAAAUCUACGUACAGGAUCUAAUAAUAAAACUAUUCCUAAAACGAUCGGUCUUGCAUUUAGGUACAAUGAAGCGCCUUUUGUACCUUAGAGCAUAACCAUGUUUUGAUACAAACCUCCUUUGUUUUCUUAUGGAAAUGAUACUUAAAAAGUACCUAGUUAGAAUUUAAAAAAAACAACACGAUUUACAUAUUAAGAAAGCAGAAAUGGUUGUAUAAAAGCAAGGUCCACUCCAGCCUCGUUUCCAUCCAUAGUUGUAAAAUGGUCUAUUGAACUCCACUGAGUUACACUGAAUCUCUAAUUGUUUGUGUUCUGUUUUUUGUCUCUUCAGGGUCUGCUAGUUAUCAAUAUUCGAGAAAUACCUUCUUGUACUCACUGAAAAACUACAAAGGGUAUGGAUACUUCAAACAGGACAUAACCAACUGCUGCUAUGGCAGCGCCACUUACAGCCAAUAUAAUUAUGGUCCAACCUUUGGUGGGGGCCAUGAUAUGCAUAUUGCGGACAAUGCGGGAGGAAAUACCAAUUCUUACCUUAGAUGUAACUCGUACCGCAGCGGUCCCUAUUGCGACUAUAGCAUCUGGGUUGGAACACGAUACGGGAAUAAUUUCCGCCCAGAUGAGUUGGAGGUUUAUUAUGAAGUGCUUGCUUGAAACCGGGCGGCAACAUAAAACAAAGAAAGCAUAAAAAACAAACAAACAAACAGCGACAACAACAAUCACAACAAAAACAUCAACAGACCAACAAAAAUAAGACACAGCAAAAAAUAAAUAAAUAAAUAAAUAAUCAGCUCUCCGCCUUUUACUAUACCUUUGCUGAGAAAGAAAGCUACCAUCUCUUUCAUGAUAUUUUCAAUGAAAGUAACGCCAAUUAUGACAAAAAAGGUGAUUAGCAAGUAACAUGUACAAAUUAUUAUAUUUGGAGCUUUCGCAUUAUCAAUAGCAGAAGUUUCAACAACAAAAUGAGGUGUUAAAGCACCAACAGCGGUUGGCUACAAGGGAGUGUUUUCGGUUGUUAGAACUUAUCCUUGUAGGUAUUCUUAG